CUACCGAAACCGCGAAAUAGAAAUCAAUAUGACAGCAAAAGUUUUUGUUUGUUUACCUACGUUUUUGCGCCGGCCUCUUCGCAUUACAUUUUUCCGAGAAAACUGAGUUUAGAGUAUUAUGUUCCUUGGUUUUUGUAAAAAUAGAUAAUAAUGAACAUAACAAUAACCACUUUCACGAAUCCGUUUUCGUUCUUUUGUACCUCUGAAGCUGAGACUUCGGUUCAGAAUGUUGAACUAUUCGAUGGGGCCGAAGCUGAACAUUAUAAGCCACACGGUUUCAAUGAAGCUUCCAAAGUGUUUCACGGCCAGUAUGUGGCUGUAAUUUGGAAAGGAAAAUGGGUUCGGGGUAUUGUGUCGAUGGAAUCCCAGUUCUUGAUUUGGCUGGUGGACUACGGCAUAUUCCUGCGCGCUGACGACAAGACCGUGUGCAUCGACCUGCGGCCAGAGCAAAAAACCAUCCCCACAAAGAUCUUUGAAGCCAGCGUGCAUGGGGUCAUGCCUAUUGAAAAGGAAAUUACUGAUCAGUGUGAAUUACUAAACACAAUCUCUACUAAGUGGAACCCGGGUGCCAACCUCCGGGCGCAGGAACUGAUUAACUCAGCCAAACACACAUACUUUGUACCUAUUGGUAUACUUUCUAUGAAAAUUAAUGAUGUGGUACUUGGUGACCUAUAUCUUGAAAUACCAGAGAUUGGAGUGGUCAAUCUCAUUGAUGAACUGAAUGUCUGGCCUGUUUUUCUUGAAAAGAAUAAAGAAGCCUACAUAAAGAACCUACCACAAUGCUACACGGGCCGCCGCCGGCACCGCGCCUGUACCCUCAAGCCCAACAUUCCCGACCUACCCUCAAUAUCUCCCGCCAUCACGUUCGACGAGUACAACGCCAUCUGUGAGCAAACGCCGAAGUUCGAAGUAGUUCAGGAACAACUCGAUAACGACGGUGGCAGCACUGUGCUUGCACAGAAGCCAAAAGCCCUCACUGCAGAAGAGGUAGAGCAGUACGCUCACAUGAACUUCGAGUUGAAUGGCAGAGAGUACAAUAUGCUGAACACUUUGAGGAACAAACUGUUGGACAUGAACGACUGUGCGCGGUACUGCGACCAUGAUCUCAAAUCCAUGGGAAGAGGCUACAGUAGACAUAGGUUUUAAGUAAAGAUAUUUUUAUUUUUGUUUUUGUUUAAGAUAGCGUUUUUGCAAAGCUUACUUUAUGACUGUUUUUUUUAGUUCCUAGUUUUUUUAUACUUAUCAGUAUUUUGAUUUUGUAUUACGUUAAGAUAAAUCUGUGCCAAUACUUACAUUAAGGAUACCAAUCAGUAUGACUGAAUAAUUUGAUUUUGACUGUUCGUUAAUUAAGGGAAAGUAAUGAUUAGUUUAUU